UUAAUGGGAUUGGAAAUUUUAAGUGCCUUUGUGGAUAGAUUAUCGACACGAUUUAAAUCCUAUGUAGCAAUGGUUAUUGUAGCUUUAAUAGACAGGAUGGGAGAUGCCAAAGAUAAGGUUCGAGAUGAAGCUGUGACUUUGAUAUUGAAGUUGAUGGAUCAAGUAGCACCACCUAUGUACAUUUGGGAACAGUUGACUUCUGGUUUUAAGCACAAGAAUUUUCGGUCACGAGAAGGCAUCUGUCUGUGCCUCAUUGAAACCUUAAACAUUUUUGGAGCUCAGCCAUUAGUUCUCAGCAAGUUGGUACCACAUUUGUGCAUCCUACUGGGAGAUUCCAACAGUCAGGUGAGAGAUGCUGCAGUCCUGGCCCUAGUGGAGAUUUACAGACAUGUGGGAGAGAAAGUGAGGGCGGACCUCUGUAAGAGAGGCAUUCCCCCUGCCAGAUUAGAAAUGAUAUUUGCCAAAUUUGAUGAAGUUCAAAGUUCAGGCGGUAUGAUUUUGAGUAUCUGCAAAGAUAAAAGCUUUGAUGAUGAAGAAUCAGUGGAUGGAAAUAGACCGUCAUCAGCUGCUUCAGCCUUCAAGGUCCCUGCACCUAAAACGCCCGGAAAUCCUGUCAACAGUGCAAGGAAGCCUGGUUCAGCAGGUGGCCCUAAGGUUGGAGGUGCUUCUAAGGAAGGAGGUGCUGGCGCAGUUGAUGAAGAUGAUUUUAUAAAAGCUUUUACAGAUGUCCCUUCUGUUCAGAUCUAUUCUAGCCGAGAACUUGAAGAAACAUUAAAUAAAAUCAGGGAAAUUUUGUCAGAUGACAAACAUGAUUGGGAUCAGCGUGCCAAUGCACUUAAGAAAAUUCGAUCAUUGCUCGUAGCUGGCGCUGCGCAGUAUGAUUGCUUCUUUCAGCACCUGCGCCUGUUGGACGGUGCACUUAAACUCUCCGCCAAGGACCUUCGAUCCCAAGUGGUUAGGGAAGCUUGCAUUACUGUAGCUCAUCUGUCAACCGUUUUGGGAAACAAGUUCGAUCAUGGCGCUGAAGCCAUUGUACCGACACUUUUUAACCUCGUCCCCAAUAGUGCAAAAGUCAUGGCAACAUCAGGAUGUGCUGCAAUCAGAUUCAUCAUUCGGCAUACCCAUGUACCCCGCCUCAUACCAUUAAUAACAAGCAAUUGUACGUCAAAGUCAGUUCCAGUGAGGAGACGCUCAUUUGAAUUUUUAGAUUUGCUGUUACAAGAGUGGCAGACUCACUCGCUGGAAAGACAUGCAGCUGUCUUGGUUGAAACAAUUAAGAAGGGCAUUCAUGACGCAGAUGCUGAGGCCAGAGUGGAGGCGAGGAAGACGUAUAUGGGUCUCAGAAACCACUUCCCUGGUGAAGCUGAGACGUUGUACAACUCCCUGGAGCCGUCUUACCAGAAGAGCCUGCAGACUUACUUAAAGAGCUCUGGGAGUGUGGCGUCUCUUCCUCAGUCAGACAGGUCCUCAUCCAGCUCACAAGAGAGUCUCAAUCGUCCUUUUUCAUCUAAAUGGUCUACGGCAAAUCCCUCAGCUGUGGCUGGAAGAGUGUCGGCCAGCAGCAGCAAAGCCAGCUCCCUCCCAGGAAGCCUGCAGCGUUCGCGGAGCGACAUUGACGUGAAUGCUGCGGCCGGUGCCAAGGCCCAUCAUGCUGCCGGGCAGUCCGUGCGGAGUGGACGCCUGGGGGCGGGUGCCCUGAAUGCAGGUUCCUAUGCAUCUCUCGAGGAUACUUCUGACAAGACGGAUGGAACAGCAUCUGAGGAUGGCCGCAUGAGAGCAAAGCUUUCGACACCUGUUGGUGGCAUGGGAAGUGCCAAGACCGAUUGCAGAGGACGAAGCCGGACGAAGAUGGUGUCGCAGUCCCAGCCUGGCAGCCGGUCUGGGUCCCCAGGAAGAGUAUUGACCACAACCGCCCUGUCCACUGUGAGUUCCGGUGUUCAGAGAGUCCUGGUCAAUUCCGCCUCGGCGCAGAAGAGAAGCAAAAUACCACGGAGCCAGGGCUGUAGCCGAGAGGCCAGUCCGUCCCGGCUCUCCGUGGCCCGAAGCAGCCGGAUCCCUCGGCCAAGCGUGAGUCAGGGCUGCAGCCGGGAAGCGAGUCGGGAGAGCAGCAGAGACACGAGCCCCGUCCGUUCCUUCCAGCCCCUUGGUCCAGGCUAUGGGAUCAGCCAGUCCAGCCGACUGUCCUCUUCUGUCAGUGCUAUGAGGGUCCUGAACACUGGCUCCGAUGUGGAAGAGGCAGUAGCAGAUGCUUUGAAAAAACCGGCUCGAAGGAGAUACGAAUCUUACGGGAUGCACUCCGACGAUGACGCCAACAGCGACGCGUCCAGUGCUUGUUCAGAACGCUCCUACAGUUCCCGGAACGGUAGUAUCCCAACCUACAUGAGGCAGACGGAAGACGUGGCCGAGGUCCUCAAUCGAUGUGCCAGCUCCAACUGGUCAGAACGGAAAGAAGGCCUCCUGGGUCUGCAGAACUUACUGAAAAACCAGAGGACGCUCAGUCGAGUUGAACUGAAAAGAUUGUGUGAAAUUUUCACAAGGAUGUUUGCUGAUCCUCACGGCAAGAGGGUUUUCAGCAUGUUUUUGGAGACUCUGGUGGACUUCAUACAAGUUCACAAGGACGAUCUUCAAGAUUGGUUGUUUGUGCUGCUGACACAACUACUGAAAAAAAUGGGUGCUGAUUUGCUUGGAUCUGUUCAAGCGAAAGUUCAGAAAGCCCUGGAUGUUACAAGAGAAUCUUUUCCAAAUGAUCUUCAGUUCAAUAUUCUAAUGAGAUUUACAGUUGACCAGACACAAACGCCAAGCUUAAAGGUUAAGGUUGCUAUCCUUAAAUAUAUAGAAACUCUGGCUAAACAGAUGGACCCAGGAGAUUUUGUAAAUUCCAGUGAAACUCGCCUGGCAGUGUCGCGAGUCAUUACUUGGACAACAGAACCCAAGAGUUCUGAUGUUCGGAAGGCAGCACAGUCAGUGCUCAUUUCCUUAUUCGAACUCAAUACCCCAGAGUUUACAAUGUUGUUAGGAGCUUUACCAAAAACUUUUCAAGAUGGUGCUACCAAGCUUCUUCAUAAUCACCUUCGAAACACCGGCAAUGGAACUCAGGGUUCCAUGGGGAGUCCUUUGACGAGACCAGCAUCACGUUCACCAGCCAAUUGGUCCAGUCCCCUUACGUCCCCCACAAACACAUCCCAGAACACUUUAUCUCCAAGUGCAUUUGAUUAUGACACAGAAAACAUGAACUCAGAAGAUAUUUACAGCUCUCUAAGAGGUGUCACUGAAGCAAUCCAGAAUUUCAGCUUCCGUAGUCAAGAAGAUAUGAAUGAGCCAUUGAAAAGAGAUUCCAAAAAAGAUGAUGGCGAUUCAAUGUGUGUUGGUCCUGGGAUCCCCGACCCAAGGGGAGGAGGAGAUGCCACGGACUCCGGGCCGCCAGCUCUGGAUAACAAAGCUUCCUUGCUCCACCCGAUGCCCGUUCACUCCUCCCCACGCUCACGCGACUAUAAUCCGUAUAACUAUUCAGACAGCAUCAGCCCUUUCAACAAGUCCGCUCUCAAGGAAGCCGUGUUCGAUGAUGACGCAGACCAGUUUCCUGAUGACCUUUCCCUUGACCAUUCUGACCUGGUGGCAGAAUUGUUGAAGGAGCUGUCUAACCAUAACGAACGGGCAGAGGAAAGGAAGAUCGCCCUCUAUGAGCUGAUGAAGCUGACACAAGAAGAGUCUUUCAGUGUUUGGGAUGAACACUUUAAAACAAUACUGCUGUUACUGCUUGAAACCCUUGGGGAUAAAGAGCCUACUAUCAGGGCUUUAGCACUUAAAGUUUUAAGAGAAAUCCUAAGGCAUCAACCAGCAAGAUUUAAAAACUAUGCAGAGCUGACCGUCAUGAAAACAUUAGAAGCACAUAAAGAUCCUCGUAAGGAGGUGGUGCGAGCUGCCGAGGACGCUGCGUCGGUGUUGGCCACUUCCAUUACUCCAGAGCAGUGCAUCAAAGUGCUGUGUCCCAUCAUCCAGACCGCAGACUACCCGAUUAACCUGGCCGCCAUCAAGAUGCAAACCAAGGUGAUCGAGAGAGUGUCCAAGGAGACCCUGAACAUGCUCUUGCCGGAGAUUAUGCCGGGCCUGAUCCAGGGAUAUGACAAUUCAGAGAGCAGCGUCCGCAAGGCUUGUGUCUUCUGCCUGGUGGCUGUGCAUGCGGUAAUUGGUGAUGAACUCAAACCACACCUCAGUCAGCUCACUGGCAGUAAAAUGAAGCUACUGAAUCUUUACAUCAAACGUGCACAGACGGGUUCCGGAGGGGCAGAUCCCACCGCUGAUGUUUCCGGACAAAGUUAGUGAAGCUGCUGGACAUGAACCAGGUCUCUCAGAGAAAGGACAGAAAGACCGCACUCAUCCAUGAAAGGAAAUUCUCAAACACAUCUUCUAGAAUUUACCAUUGUUUCCUCAGUUUUAAUUUUCGUUUUGUUUUAUUUUGUAUUUUCUGUAACAGAGGGCUAUCCUCAGUCUGCAUGUAACUUUUAUGGUAGUUAUCCCCAAUUCAAGAAGAAGCAGUAUUAACAUCAGUUGUUGAUCAAUACACAGGAAUUUUUAAAUCUAAUUCGUCAUUUUACCUGUCUGUACUUCUCUGUCUUCCCAUUAACUUUUGCCAGUGUUAUGAUUGUACAAAUUUUUUUAAAAGUGCUGGUUAAAGAGGAAUGCUUAAAGCUUUAAAAGUUUAACAGUCUAAAACUUUUUUGCCUUUAUUCAACUGCAAAAUAAUAUUUUAUUGCUACUUUGAGUUUUGUCCCGUAUCAUGUCCUAUGCUAGAAAUACUGAAAUGAUGUGAAAGCAAACCAGAACAAAUUUGAACCACAGCUGGACUCUGUUGUGUGAUGGUGGUACAUGUCAUUAGUUGCAACUUCUUUGGGGUGAUCUGUA